GGUCGCGUUGCCAUGGUGAGGGCGCUCGUGCUGCUGGCGCUGGGCGGGCAGGGCCCCGCUGGCCACGCCCCCUGCCGCGUGCUCUGCGCGCGCUCCUUCGGGACCCCCCCUCCCGACGGGGACCCCCCCGCGGACCCGGCCCGGGAGCGGCUCCGCCGACAGGAGCAGAUCGCGGCCGUGGCCAGGCAAGUGACCACCCAAUGCCACCUCCUCCGCUCCUCCCUGCCUCACCCAUCCUCUCCCCACGUCCCCCCCGAUGCCGUCUCCUUCCAGAGCGCUCCCUAUGGGGUUUUCCAGCUGCCCCCCGGGGACCCCUUUCCCGAGCGGGUGACGGUGACGUGGAUCCAGGUGAUGGCUUUGGCUUUGGCUUUGGUUUGUGAGCCCCAAGAGAACCUCGCCUUGGCUGAGCUCACCCUCCGCCGCCUGGCUCCGCGCUUCCUCGCAUCCCUGCGGCUCCUGGAUCCCGGGGCCAAUGCCCUGCUCCAUCCGGAUGCAGCCGAUGGGCUCCUCGAGCGGCUCCUGCCCCACGGGGAGAUGCUCUUCCUCAACGAAGGCUUCAUCCAAGGCAUGGAUCGGGAGAUGGGCAUCAAAAGAGCCCGCUGAGAUGGGUGCGAAGCGGCCGCCGAAUCCCAAUGGGAUGGAUGGGAGCCGUCCGUAGCUCUGGAAUAAAGAGCAACCAGGCAGCCAA